AUGAUGGACUUUGAAGACGCUGCACAACGCUUGGCUCGCGAUCAGCAAAAGCUGCGUGGUCGAAGGACGGUGGCCGUGUCGGCCAAAGCCAAACGGGAAGCCGACUAUCGCAAAAAGCAGCAAGAAAAAAUGCGAGCUGAACGACAGCGUGCACAACGGCAACAGGCGCACUGGAAAAAAUACAUGACGGCGUGCGAUCGUCAAUUGGGGGUCAAACGGUUGUCUACUAUUUCUGAAAGUCUACAGUUGGCGCCCACGUCGAUUCACGGAGACGGUGACAAGUUGGCAUUGCCUUCUUCCGUGUUGGAAUUCUUGACGGCUCAGGAGGAAAUGACAUCGUCGCCGUGGAUGUUUCGCAUUGGGCUCGUUCAUCCGGAAUAUCAAUAUCCACAAUCCAUGCUCUUGCAGACACUCAAGCCUGACGAAGAAGACGACAUGUCGGAUGAUGACGAUGACCAUCACAACAGGGAUCAACCCAUGGAAGCGUAUUUGGAUGAAUUGGCACACAAGUACAUUACCUACACGCAUGGGACGGUCGUGGAAUUCACACAAGAAGAAGGACAUGUCGGAUUGCCAGCUCCCAUUGCGGCAGCGCUCAUUGAUAAACAUCGCCGUCGUGCCGAACACCAGAAUUUUGUCGUGCCCUUGAAACGCACGCAAGAUCCAUCGGCUGCUACAGCUAGUAGUCAAGACGAAGACACGAUGAAUGUCCAUGACGAUGAUGACAACAAAACACCAGGACACGUCGCCUACGGAGCCUUUGAUGUACCCGAUAUGGCCGUGGAAAUUACCAUGGUACGAUUGCCCAAGGGCAAGGGAUGCACCUUGAAACCAACCACGGAGGCCAUUCAAAAUGGAUUUUACAAUUUGCAAGACGUCAAAAUGGUGUUGGAACAAUCUCUGAUUCGGACAAGGGCCACACUGUCGGUGGGGGACACGGUGCACACAUGGCAUCGUGGAGUCAAGUACGAUUUGACAGUGUCCAAAGUUCUACCGGCGACCUAUCAUGCCGUCACUUGUAUCAAUACCGAUAUUGAAGUGGACUUUGAGGCUCCCGAACAGGAUCAGACUACAAUGGACACGACAACCACGGCAAUGGAAGAAACUAGUACCAAACGCACGGGACAAACUCUGUCGGGUGGACGAACAUUAUCCUCGUCACCCACUCCUCCUGCUGCUGUUGCUCGACCACCUGUAACCACCACUGCCAUCGAAUUGAUUCCCGAACCACCCGUCGAUCAAAAAGAAGGAGUGUGCACAAUCCAAAUUCGAGGCGAUGGUGUCACGUCGUCGGCGCGACGGAGAUUUGAUAUUGAAAAGGCCACUCUUCAGGAUCUAUUUGCGUUUGCGGCAUCGAAUAUAAGCCAUUCCCAUCCCUUUCAACUCGUGACACGGUUUCCACGAAAGGUCUAUCCAGUGGGGACAAAGACGUUGGCGGAGGCCGGAAUAUCCGCAGGACAAGAACUCUUGAUGGUGGAACGAAUCUGA